AAUUUACUACCAAAUUUACAAUUUAAAAAUGCAUGCUUUUUAACGGCAAUUUUAUCAGGUAAAAAUAGAUGCAUGGUGGUCUGUCUACCGGGUUUUAGUGAAAGUAUCUAAUCUGCACAAUGCCGAUUGAUUUUAAGAAAUAUCCAUGGACUAAUGAUCGUCGUGGAGUACAGAAGUAUUCUGUGGUUGGCAGGCAUCGGCAACGAGCGAAUUAUCCUGGUAUUCAAGGAAGAAGUGUUUAUGAUUAACUUGAGGUUAUGUAUUGAAUUUUAAAAUCGUUCCAAGAAAAUUGUAAACAAAAAAAGGAGUGUUGUUAUAACUGCCUUUUUGGAGAAAGUAAUGAAACUUAUUUAACGACGCUGUUUAAGAUACAACAGCCAUGUUUUCCAUUUGUAAACAAACGCAUCAGGCCACAGGUGUUGAGCACGCAAUAAGUUGCUUUUUCUUUAACAAAACUGAGAAGAGUCUCGUCACGGCCGGUGCCAAUAUCUUGAAGAUUUUCAAGUUAGUUCCUGAUGCCGAUACUAAAUCCAGAGUCGAAAGAUAUUCAGAGUUCUUUCCUCCAAAGUCAAAACUGGAAUGUGUGGCUCAGUAUCAGCUUUUUGGCAACGUGAUGUCGUUGCAGAGUGUUUCUCUAGCAAACUCCCCUCGCGAUUCUCUCCUCUUAGCCUUUUCUGAUGCGAAAUUGUCAGUGGUAGAAUAUGACCCAGAACAUCAUGAUUUGCGAACGAUAAGUUUGCAUUACUUUGAGGAAGAUGAAAUUAAAGAUGGCUGGACACAUCAUCAUCACAUACCGAUGAUCCGGGUAGAUCCAGAAAAUCGAUGUGCGGUUAUGACAGUUUUAGGGAGAAAAUUGGUAGUAUUGCCAUUCCGUAGAGAUAAUUCCAUUGAUGAUGGUGAUACUGAUGUUAAACCAAUGACAACUUCUGGAGGCACUGUCAAAGCCCCUAUACUAGCAUCAUAUAUGAUUGUUUUGAAAGAUUUUAUUGACAAAAUAGACAACAUUAUUGAUAUACAGUUUCUGCAUGGCUAUUAUGAACCAACAUUGCUGAUUUUGUAUGAGCCUCUAAAGACAUUCGCGGGGCGAGUAGCGGUGAGGAGCGACACAUGCGCGAUGGCUGCCAUAUCUUUAAAUUUGCAACAAAAAGUGCAUCCCAUCAUAUGGAGCAUGUCGAAUUUGCCAUUCGACUGCAUUAGGGCGGUGCCGAUAAAGAAACCUUUGGGAGGCACUCUCAUUUUUGCUGUAAACUCUUUGGUAUAUCUGAAUCAAAGUAUUCCUCCCUAUGCAGUUUCCGUCAAUAGUAUUGCAGAAAGUUGUUCCAAUUUUCCUUUAAAACCCCAAGAGGACGUGAAAAUCAGUUUUGAUUGCGCGCAAAUCGGUUUCCUCGAAGACGAUACUUUGGUAUUGUCCUUAAAAGGGGGCGAACUGUACGUUUUAAUGCUUUUAGCCGAUAGCAUGCGAUAUGUGCGAAAUUUCCAUUUUGAAAAAGCCGCCGCUAGUGUUUUGACCACAUGCUUGUGCGUAUGCGAAAACAAUUUCCUUUUCCUGGGCUCGCGCUUGGGAAACUCUCUGCUGCUUCGAUUCACCGAGAAAGCGAACGAGGUUAUCACUCUGGAGGAUAGUCAAGAGCCGAGGGCGAAGAGACAAAAGCAGGACCCCUCGAAAGCCGACGAAAACGGCGAAAAGAUGUUGGAUUCGUUGACCGAUUGUAUUGCUAGUGACGUCAUGGAUAUAAGAGAUCCGGAAGAACUCGAAGUGUACGGUAGCCAGAAACAAACUGGCGUCCAGAUCACGAGUUAUAUUUUCGAAGUGUGCGACAGCUUGCUGAAUAUCGGACCUUGCGGGAACGUUUCCAUAGGCGAACCGGCGUUUUUAAGCGAAGAAUUCAGCAACAAUCCGGAUUUUAAUUUGGAGUUGGUCACGACUGCCGGUUACGGCAAAAAUGGUGCUCUGUGCGUGCUGCAGCGGUCCAUCAAGCCCCAAAUAGUUACUACGUUUACUUUGCCGGGAUGUUCGAAUAUGUGGACGGUGAAAAGCGGCGAGGACAGACACGCUUUCCUGAUCCUCAGCCAAGAAGACGGCACGAUGGUCCUCCAAACGGGGGAGGAGAUAAACGAAAUUGACAAUACGGGAUUCGCGACCAACGGGCCCACGGUGUUCGCCGGGAAUUUGGGCAACAAUAAAUUUGUAGUUCAAGUUAGCAUGGUGGCCGUGAGAUUGCUCCAAGGUGCCAUCCAGCUUCAGCACGUUCCUAUGGAUCUGGGAUCGCCGAUUGUUCAUGUUUCUAGUGCUGAUCCGUAUAUCUCGCUCAUGACAGCUGAUGGACAAGUCAUUACGCUGAUGCUCAGGGAGACGCGCGGGACCGCCAAACUCGUCAUCAGCAAGUCGACUCUGUCUAAUAGUCCCGCGGUGUCUACGAUUUGCAUGUACAAAGACACGUCCGGUUUGUUUACAAACAAAAUCCCGGAUGAAUUCACUCACAUCCCCGAACAGUACAUCGGCAGCGUCGACGUAAAAAACGAGACGGAAAACGAGGACGAUCUGUUAUACGGCGACAACGAUUUCAAGAUGCCGUCGCUGAACCCGCCCACGCCAAAGCCCAAAGUGUUUUACAACUGGUGGAAAAAAUAUUUGGUCGGUCACAGACCGACCUAUUGGUUGUUCGUUGUGCGGGAAAACUCGAAUUUGGAAAUUUAUUCGAUACCGGACUUUAAGUUGAGUUUUUACGUGCAAAAUUUGUGUUUCGGUCUCAAGGUGUUGAUAGACGCGUUGGAGUCGGUGCAGUUGAACGCGACGUCGCACGUGAACGAGUCCCAAAUCCAGAAGGAUAACCAGGUCAAAGAGAUACUGAUGGUCGGCUUGGGACAUAACGGGUCGCGUCCGUUGUUUCUAGUGCGUCUCGAAAAAUAUUUGUACAUAUACGAGGUGUUCAGAUAUUACAAGGGCAACCUGAAGCUGAGGUUUCGCAAGGUCAAACACGACGUCAUGUAUGCGCCUAACAACUACGGCCGGAUCGAGACCGAGAACUCUGAUUUUUUCGCGUUGCAGGAGAAAAUCGUGAAGAUAAGAUAUUUCGAUAAUAUCGCGGGUUAUAGCGGAGUCUUUGUGUGCGGCGCAAAUCCCUAUUGGUUGUUUUUAACCAAGAGAGGCGAACUGCGCGCGCAUCCUAUGACGAUUGACGGCGAGGUGCUCAGUUUCGCCUCAUUUAAUAACGUCAACUGCCCGGAAGGGUUCCUUUACUUCAACCGAAAGGACGAACUUAGGAUCGGUAUUUUACCCACCCAUCUGAGUUACGACGCGCCUUGGCCUGUCAGGAAAGUGCCCCUAAGGUGUACUCCGCAUUUUGUCAGCUACCAUUUGGAGUCGAAAACGUACUGCUUGGUUACUAGCACGGCCGAACCGUCUAAUCAGUAUUACAGGUUUAACGGAGAAGAUAAGGAGUUAACCGUCGAAGACAAGGGUGAUAGGUUUCCGUAUCCUUUACAAGAGAAAUUCAGCCUGUGCCUUUUCUCGCCGGUGUCGUGGGACGUGAUUCCCAAUACGAAACUCGACUUGGACGAGUGGGAACACGUCACCUGUCUGCGGAACGUGUCCCUCGAAUACGAGGGCACCCGUUCCGGUUUAAAAGGUUACAUCGCGGUCGGAUCCAACUAUAAUUACGGCGAAGAUAUCACGUCGAGAGGACGGAUUUUGAUUUACGACGUCAUAGAAGUGGUGCCGGAACCCGGCCAACCUUUGACCAAAAAUAAGUUCAAGGAAAUUUACGCGAAAGAUCAGAAAGGUCCAGUCACCGCUUUAUCCCAAGUCAAAGGCUUUUUAGUCUCCGCGGUCGGACAAAAGAUAUACAUCUGGCAGCUCAAAGACAACGACCUUAUAGGGGUGGCGUUCAUAGACACCCAGGUUUAUACCCACCAAAUACUGACCAUUAAGAGUUUGCUACUAAUCGCCGACGUGUACCAAUCGGUGUCCUUGCUUCGUUUUCAGGAAGAGUACAGGACAUUGUCAUUGGUGUCGCGAGAUUUCAGGUCCUGCGAGGUGUACUCGAUCGAGUUCAUGAUCGACAAUUCUAACAUGGGCUUCUUGGUCUCUGACGGCGAGAAGAAUUUGGUUCUGUAUAUGUACCAGCCGGAAGCUAGGGAAUCCCUAGGAGGGCAACGGUUGCUGAGGAAAGCAGAUUUUCACCUCGGCCAGUCGAUUACGUCGUUCUUCAGGAUAAAAAGCAAGCUCGGCGAGCUGGGUGAAGACAAGAAGCACCUCAGCGGCGCAGACAAGAGGCACAUAACCAUGUUCGCGACGCUUGACGGCGGUCUGGGUUAUAUAAUGCCGGUGCCCGAGAAGACUUACCGAAGACUGCUCAUGUUGCAAAACGUGCUGGUGACGCACGGCGCCCACAUCGCAGGACUUAAUCCGAAGGCGUUCCGGACGUUCAAGAACUGGAGGAAACUGUUGACCAACCCCGCCAGGAGUAUAAUCGACGGGGAGUUGGUCUGGAACUUUCUGCAGUUGAGCAUCACCGAAAAACUCGAAGUGUCAAAAAAGAUCGGGACCAAACUCGACGAAUUAUUAGAAGACAUAACGGAUAUUCACAAGUUGACAAACCAUUUUUAAAUCAUAAAACAAUUCUAUAGUAUUAGAUGU